GGGUUUCCGGCGGCUCCGGGGCUCGUGGUGUUCCCUGCCAUGUCUUGGUUCCGAGCGGCUCCCGAGAUCGCGAGCCCUGGAGAGCAGGACGUGUUUGACGAGGAAGCGGACGAGUCUCUGUUAGUGCAGCGGGAAUGGCAGGGUCACAUGCGGAAACGAGUCCAAGAAGGUUACAGAGAUGGGCUAGAUGCCGGCAAAGCACUUACCCUUCAGCAGGGCUUCAAUCAAGGCUAUAAAGAGGGUGCAGACGUCAUUGUAAACUAUGGACUCCUCAGAGGAACACUGAGUGCUUUGCUUUCCUGGUGUCACCUUCAUGGUAAUAGUUCGACUCUGAUCAGUAAGAUAAAUAAUCUCCUGGAUGCAGUUGGCCAGUGUGAAGAGUGUGUGCUCAAACGUCUGAAAUCAGUUACGUCACAGCCACGAGUUACAGAUUUAUUGGACGCCAUUGAGGAUAUGGACCUUUGUCAUGUAGUUCCAGCUGACGAAGCAAAAGGUGACAGUACCGCUGAGAUUAACACCGAUUCUGACAGGAGUCCGAACGGGAUGGGUUGUUCACAUCCAGAGUGUUGCAGAACGCAAGAGCAUGCACAUUUGGAGAAACCAAGCCUCACUUGGAUUCUGGAGCAGACAUCCAGCUUAGUGAAACAGCUGGGAGUAUCAGGGGACAUAUUACAGCACCUGAGACAGCCGUAAAAGUGUCGCCCCUUUCUAGUGGAAGUAAUGCUCGCUUAUUACUUAGAACAUUGUGUUCUAGAUAAGGUAACGUUGAUUGAACACUUACCCUGUAAUCACCCUUUGUGGACGUGUUAAGGGUCUUCAGCAUUAACACUAGUAAAUGGAAUUGCGUUUGUCUUUGUCAUUGGUAAAUUGUUUAGUUUUAGAUACACUCAGAAAUCCUUGUCGUUUUCAAAUUUCUAAUCAAAAUCAGUCAUUUUUAGACCAGCAAAAGCCAAACAUUUUAGAACAAGGAAAAUAAAAUCUAAUGCUGCUUUCUGCUUUUGUCAGAAUCAGGUGGUUUAGGGCCUCUUCACCAGCAAGCAAGCCAGAGUUGCCAGAAAUAACCUGAAGGCUUGCAUAAAUAAGUAGAAGCAGAUCUAUAGAUAGCUAUACGUUAAAGCCAAGAGACUGUAGAAACUGACACAAUAUUUAUAUUAUUGAAUGAAUAAUAAAAAGCAAAGUACUAAA